GUCGCUGAGAGGAGCCAUUAAAAGCUCGCCUUCUGCAGGGUGCUUGUGCUGAGGUGAGAGGGGAAGGGCGGCUGACCUCUCCCUGAUUGGUGAACCGCAGCGGGGACCAGAGUGCCGAUUGCCCUGCCCUGCGUUGAGAGCGACUGGCCGGUGCCAUGUGGAAGGAGGCUGUUUUGUUGGCCCUGCUGAUGCUCUGCCCUAGUGGCCGUGGGCUGUUUUACUUCGGGUCCGGAAACACCCACGGCUCUGUGCCUUGUGAUGGGGGAGACAAAGGGCAGCCACUAUAUCUUACUCCCUACAUCGAAGCUGGGAAAGUCGUAGAAGGGAGACGACUGAGCGCCGUGCCUCCUCUCCAAGGACUGGACUUGGUGAGCUACUGCGGCUUCCUCACUGUGAAUAAGACUUACAACAGCAACCUCUUCUUCUGGUUCUUUCCAGCCAAGAUGCAGUCAUCGACCGCUCCACUGGUUGUCUGGCUGCAGGGCGGGCCGGGAUCUUCAUCCCUGUUUGGACUCUUUAUGGAAAAUGGGCCUUUUGCUGUCACAAAAAACCUGACCUUGUACCUCCGGGACUUUGCCUGGACCUCCACGCUGUCCAUGCUGUACAUCGACAACCCGGUGGGCGCAGGUUUCAGUUUUACCGAUGAUCCCCAGGGGUAUGCCAGCAACGAGGAUGAUGUGGCUCGAGAUUUAUUCAGCGCACUGAUGCAGUUCUUCCAGCUAUUCCCUGAAUUCCAAGAGAAUGACUUUUACAUCACGGGGCAGUCUUACGCAGGCAAAUACGUGCCGGCCAUUGCAUACUAUAUCCACACACUCAACCCCACGCUGUCGCUGCCGAUCAACCUGAAAGGAAUUGCCAUUGGAAGUGGGUUCUGCCAUCCUGAAUCAGUCCUAAGGGGCUAUGCGUCAGCAAUGUACGAAAUGGGCUUGCUGGAUGAGAAUCAGAGAAAGUACGUCGAGGAGCAGAGCCAGGAGGCUUUGGAGCACUUAAAGAAGAGGGAGUGGUCCCAAGCCCUUGAAGUAUUCAAUAGAGUGCUAACCGGUGACAAUGCUUACAUGGUGAAUGUCACAGGAUGUCCUGACCUGUCUAACAUUGUACAGUGCGUGGAACCUGAGGAAUAUAGUUACUUUAGGAAAUUUUUGGCCCUCUCAGAAGUGAGACGAGCCAUCCACGUGGGAAACCAUACUUUUAACGAUGGGUCCGAAGUUAAAAAGCACUUGGAGGGAAGCUCCAUGUGGUCAGCUCUGCCGUGGUUAGCCGAACUCAUGAACAAUUAUAAGGUUCUCCUGUACAAUGGCCAACUGGACGUCCUCCUGCCAGCAUCCCUGACCGAGCGCUUCUUGAUGGUUAUGAAUUGGAAAGGAUCCCAGGAGUACAGGAGAGUGGAAAGGAAGAUUUGGAAGAUCCUGAAGUCUGAUCAGGAAGUGGCCGGUUACGUGCGGCAAGUGGGUAACUUCCACCAGCUCAUCGUUCGGGGUGGAGGACACAAUUUACCCUUUGACCAGCCUCUGAGAGCUUAUGACAUGAUCAAUCGCUUCAUUUAUGAAAAAGGGUGGGACCCUUAUUGAUGGAUGAGCUCCUUUCCUCAAAGAGAACGUCAGGGGUGUGAAUUUUUGAAAAGAAAAGUUUCAAAAUGGAAAAUGUCAUAUAAAUAAGAAAACUGUCUCUUUUUUUCUCUCUCUGCAAAAUGUUGCUCGUCAAUAAAAACCAUCCUUGAAAUUA